CGCUGUUUAACACAGUUCCCACAGGUAGAAAGCAAGCAAGCAAAGGGUUGUUAGUUUUAUAACCUCAGAGUCCUGAUUAAGGAUUUACAAGUUCGUUUCCCUUUAGUGACAGAGGAAACCAAAUGGGGAUCUUGUACUCAGAGCCCAUGUGUCAGGCAGCUUAUGAUGAUGACGUCCACAAGUUGCAUGAACUGAUCUCGGCUGAUGCCAGAAAUGUGAAUGUUCAAGAUAAAGGAACGGGAGACACGCCGAUCAUAGCCGCCUGUAGACGGGGAAACAUCAGGAGUGUCAAAUACCUUCUAGACUACAAUGCAAAUGUGUCCAUUAGGAAUAAGAAAGAAAGGACCUGUUUGCACUAUGCUACAAGGAGAACAUUCUCCUUCCUGGAUUACCUGAUGAUUGCCAUUUUAAUGCCCAUCUUGUUAAUUGGUUAUCUAAUAAUGGAAGAGAAGCAAAGAAAAAAUGUGAAAUUGAUGGAGUUUCUUUUGGCCACUAAGGUGGAUGUUAAUGCUGUAGACUAUAAGGGGAACACUGGACUUCAUUAUGCGUGCCAAAGAAAAAGUCAAAGGAUCGUUCCAUUGUUAUUGCAGAAAAAUGCAGAUGUUUCUAUACAGAACAAAAAAAGUGAAACUCCUCUAGAUAUUGCAAAGAGACUACAUUUCUACAAAAUUGUUACAAUGUUAAUGAAAUCAAAUUAGUAUUAAUUGAGGACAUAAGAGAACAGAGACUUGUUUCAUGUGCAGAAGCAGUGCGGUCCUUUACAAUUCACCAGAUGAGUUUAGAUUGGGUUUUCUCAGAUGAACGAUGUUGCCAUACUAAUUUCUAUUUAAGUAUAUUUGAUUUACUGUUUUGUUAAGUAAUGAGUAAAAGUUUCUUAUAUAUUGUAUAUUGAUAAUUUAAUGUACUGUAUAUUCAGGUUGUUUUAAAGUGUGUGUUAAAGUUUGUUUUUAUCACUGUAAGGUAUCAUGGAUUUAGUUUGUGCCACGUUGUUGGUUAAAAAAAGAAAACCCCACUAAAUAAAGUUAUUUUCUGUAUACGUC